GAUGUCGAGAAUUGAGAAUCUGACAGGUGCCGCAGAAUUAUCAACACAAUACUACGCCGUUGUUGGUGCUCACCGCACCUCGCACGGCUUUUAAUUCUUCUACAACGGUGAAGCAGUGUUUGGCGGAGGAAUCGCGCUCGUCCUCCAGUUCUGCGGGUCACGCUUUUAUUUAAUAUAAAUAAUUCGUGUCCGCCAAGAAUGCGAUGGUGGUCUUUAGCAAAUUGCAGACAGUGCCCUACAGCUGCCGCGACUACGCCCAUCCGUGGACAGACUCUUGCACGGACGCGGCGGCUGGCAUCGGCUUCCACUCCAUCCAAGAAUGCCUCAGAAUUUAUAUCACAGUCUACACGCUGGCACUGAUGAUGAGGGGCCGGGUGCCGACGAAGAAGCAGCUUCGGCAGACUAUCCUCGGCAUCAUCCAGUCGUCGGCCUUCCUCAGCUGCCACGCCUAUUCUUUCAUGCUAACCGUCUGCUACAUCCGACGGCUCACGGGAAACUUCAACUACCUCUCCGUCUCCUUCCUGCCCGCUUUCAUCUCCAGUUUUAUUUCCAUAAUGAUCGAGAGACCCUCUCGUAGAAGUCUGCUUUGUCUCUAUGUCACGAAUGUGGCUUCAGAAACGCUUUUUAGGAUGGCUGCGAGGCGAGACCUGGUGAGGCCCAUCCCCCACGGCGAAGUCUACAUUUUCAUGGCAUCCAUGUCGGCACUGCUCUACUUUUACCGCUCACAGAGCCGCGCAGGAAAUGACUCCGUGUACAGUCUUAUCAGCUUUAUCGUCGGCCCAUGUGAACAGAAGGACUACAACGCAUCCUCGCAAUCAGGACAGGUUUCAGGGCGCGCGGGAGGUCGGCCGUGGCUGUUGCUCUCGUUGACGCAGGUCCUCAACGAGAGUCUCAGACCGGUGGUCGAGUUCCUGAAGUCGCGUGGACGGCAUUCGUCGUGCCCUCACCCCCACAGUUGCCUGCACUACACGCUGCACAGUUCAGUGAAGCAGUUUGCCAUCGGCUAUGGCCUCCAGGCUUGCCUCAACCUGCUGCUUCGCUUCAGGAAGAUUGCAAAGAACCCGACCAUUCUGGGGAAAAUGCUGUUUGGGAAGGAGGCCUACGGGCUAGGUGCUUUCCUCGGUGGAUUCUCUGGACUUUUUAAAUUGAUUUUGUGUCUUUUGCGGCGUGCCACUGGCGGAGACUCGCCAAAACUUGCUAUUCCUGCGGGACUGUUGGCCGGCACGACCUUCGGCUUUUACCCUUCGCCGACGGUGGCCCUCUACAUGAUGUGGAAGACGCUGCAAGUGGCGUACAACGCGGCCUCGGCCAGGGGAUACCUGCCAGAGCUGCCCUGGGCCACAAUUCUGCUCUACUGCUUCUCCACGGCUGUGUUGUUCCACGCCGCCGUUCUCGAGCCACGCAGCCUGCGCCCUUCCUACUGGAGGUUCUUGCUCGGCAUAUCAGGUGGAAGGUUCUUCGACAUAAAUCGCGAGUGCCUGACAAAGUAUGGGACCAGCAACACCUCGGUGUGAACGCCCACCAAACGUGCGGAGAGACCAACAAAAUGGCGCACGCCAUGUUGAAUCUUCCCGGUAUACCGAUCGUGUGAUGCCAAAGCACAAGAGUCACAGCUGUGGUUUUUAUUUUUCUACUUGUAUAGUAAAAGACGGUUAUUUGUUAUCACAAAAUUUA